UUAGCUUCUGUCCGCGCCGCACAGCCCUGUCAAUCUUCUGAAUAUUGAAAGGACUCUAGAAAAAUAGCAUCUUAACAAAAGCGUCACUAUUUUGGGGUCGGAUGUUUCCUGUGGGGAGGCAGCGGUCGGGGUGUCUGGUCCCCGUGUAGGUGCGGGUCUUUCCUCCCCGUGCGUUUGUCACCCCCCAUUCUCGGGGUACUGUGUGUGGAGGGCACGUGUUGUGGGGAGAUGCCUGCUCGGAUCUUCUUGAGCUUCCUGAGUGGGAGGUUUGGGAAGUUUCCUCAGUUCGGAGAAAUUCUCAGCUUUGGAUCCUUGGCUUUUCUUCUCCAUUGUUCCAUGUCCUUCUCAAGCGCCGGGAUGCCGGCCUCCCCCUGGCGUUCUCUGACCUCCUAUGCGGUUUCUUUCUCUGUCUCUUGGUGCACUGUGGAGAUUGCCUUUAAUUGUACUUUAUUUUCAGUAGUUAUCUAUGUCACAUAUGUAAAUUAGCUCAAUGUAAAUUAGCUCAUGUAAAUUAGCUCCUUACCAACGUGCCUGUAAGCAUGGCCUGUGCACAUGCUCAUGCCUGUGUCCAUUCAUGCCCUCAUGCGCCAACCCCUCCUGUGGUCUCCUCUGUUUCUGUCAAUAGGUUGAGCACAGUCACUCCCCAUGCAUUCCAGCUAAUUCUGGAUUUGAGUCUGUCAGUGCAGACGCGAUGGGGCAGUGCUCAUUCAUCAUGACAGCACUAAGACAGAAUGUUUAUACACGUGAGGUGUCCUGUCUAUGGGCUAGCAAGACUUCAUAAGUUACAAGACUCAUCAAUGGAAUGAAGCAUAAGUGAAUGCAGAACGAUACGGUUAUUCAUAUUGCAUAUUCUAUUUAAUGUUUUCUUCUUAUACAAGGUAUGAGAGCAUCCUGGAUGCUUGCGUGGGGGCUUCCUAAUGAAACGAGCGGAGAGCGUGUCAGGUUCCGCCCGUGUCCUCACGAAGCCUCUCACGCCCCCUCUGCUGUGCAGGCCCCGCUGACCUUCGCCGAGGUCGCCGUGUGCUUCAGCCCAGAGGAGUGGCGGCUCCUGGCCCCCACGCAGAAGGACCUGUACCGGGAGGUGAUGCUGGAGACCUACAGCCACCUGGUGUCCAUGGGUUACGGAGCCCGCCCGCCAGAGUGGCUCUGCAGAGGGGAAGGAGGCGAGCUGCCGUGGACUAUGGACAGCAAAAUGCACUUUCAUGCCUGCUUAGGAACCUGGAAAACUGAAGCUUAUUUGCAGGAGCCCUUACAAAAGGAGAGCACGCAGGGCAGCCUGGGACAAUGCCGUGAACACAGCCCCUGGGCAGGUACUGCUCAGCAGAGCUCAGAUCAUCUUGCGUUAGGGGAGAAUCGGGGUCUGCAUGGCCCAUACAGGACAAGCACGAGCUCCGAUUUAACUUCGGUUGCUCAGAGCAGAAGCUGUGAAGUAAAGGGCACCACGGAGCUGACUGGGGACUCCUUCCUCCCAGCUUGCCAGGAGCGGCGUCAGCCUGAAAUGAAUCUCCCUGAAAACCGGAAACUUAUCAUCACUAAGUCACAAUUCGUCAAUCCUCAGAACCCUCGAAAAAUCAAGAAACCGCUUGUGUGCAGGGAGUGUGGAAAGGUCUUCUCCAGAAAGUUCAUGCUCACCGAACACCAGAGGACACAUACCGGGGAGAAACCUUACGAAUGUACUGACUGUGGCAAAGCUUUUUUCAGGAAGUCACAUCUCAGUGUGCAUCAGAAGAUACACAGAGGAGAGAAACCUUUUGUUUGCGGGGUUUGUGGGAAAAGCUUCGUCCACAAGGGCAGCUGCCUGGUGCACAUGCGGACUCACACAGGCGAGAAGCCUUUUGUGUGCGGCGGCUGUGGAAAAGGCUUUGUCUACAAGGGCAGUUGCCUGGUGCACAUGCGGAUUCAUACAGGCGAGAAGCCAUUUAUAUGUAGUCAGUGUGGAAAGGGCUUCAUCAAGAAGCCAGACCUCAUCACACACCAGCGGGGGACUAGAGGUGAGAAACCACAUAUGUGCAAUGAAUGUGGAAAAACGUUCUGCGUGAAGAGAGAUCUCAUUAGGCAUCAGAGAAUGCACACAGGAGAGAGACCCUACACCUGCAGUGAGUGUGGGAAAGCUUUCUCCUACAGGUCUUUCCUUCUGAAACAUAAGAGGGUGCAUACUAGAGAGAAAGUGAGAGAUUCGGUCAAGGUAGCAAAUCCUGCUGAGCGGCACAGCCCGUCCCAGACCAGUGUUCCCUUGACAAAGAAAUGCCUCGUUAAUCCUGUGAUGAUGCCAGUGCCUGCUGUGACCCCUCAGAUGACAUUAAACACCACAGGGUUCCUGGUAGACAGGGGUGUGGUCCUAGUGGGCCAGCCUGUGGCCAGAGGUGCCCCCGUAGGACUCAACAGUGGGUUUGCACACACGGGAAACUUUAUGAAUGCAGUGAACGUGGUUGUGCCUUCAGGGAUCAAUUGUGUCUUAUUUUAUGUUCCAGGAAGCCAGUAGACAGGCACUGAGAUCUUCUUUGUGGAGAAGUGUUUACCCCAACCUCCGAGUUCAUGUUUUGUCUGAAAAGUAUAGACUCAGGAACCGUAUAAACGCAGCAUCUGACAGAGACUGCUGUUCAUCCCCUAGAAUCCAUAGGCUGAUACUGAGAUAACAUUUGACCUUAACCCAAUCACAUCAGUUGCUGCACUGUAUCAAAUUAAGGGAAGCCUAAAUUUAUCUAAUGGAGGAAAUAAUUGAGUCAGUUUUAUAAACCUAUAAUCUAUAUGUGGAAUGUUGUAAUGAAGGAACGCCCCACAAAAGCACUAAUACUCCUCGGUGGGCUAUGAGGAUGUUACCAUCAAUUCUGUUCCUCCUGUUCAGGAGGUUUUGUGGGAAACUGCAGCGUCUGCCGUUACCUUUGAAGGCUUGUGUUACACGAGGGACUUGCACAACAGCCUUAGGCCGUCAGUUCAUUUACUGAUCCACUUUUGUUGAAUCCACCUUUGUACCUGGUUCCUUUGUCUUCAGCCAACUGCAGCCCCUUAGCACAUGAGUUGCUUUGAGAUGGCAUGUGUUCUGUCCCCCAGUAGAGUUGCCUGGUCAUUUUUUCACUAUUUAAAUUUUAAAAUUUAAGGUCCUCAUUUGUAGUAGGCCAAUUUCAAGAACUAGGUGUCCUGGAGAUGGGGGGGGGUCUACACCCCCAAACAGCACAGACGAGCCAGGCGCCUCUGUAGCUGCUGAGGCUGAAAAGGAGGCCCAGAGACAAACCGAUGUCAUUCCCAGUGUCCAGAGACUUCUGUCACAGCGCUGGCUAAAUGGUAUUAUAUUUCUGAGCACAGACAGAUUACAUACUGGUGUGGAAAGUGAAUGAAUUGGUUACAGGAUGUUAUCCUUAGGGGAAUGAGCUGUGGGGGCACUUUCAGUCACACAUGGUCUCCCCUACAGGGUGUGAUCACAGGCUGAAUAACUGAGUCUAAAGUGGGCAGAGCAGAAAAGGAAUUCUCAGGAUAAAUAAAAAGGAGAACAAGAAUCUUAGUCUUUAAGAAUGGAGGAGAACAGAGUUGGUGGCGGUGAGAUCCCUAAGGGCUGGCCUUGAAAACACCUGUUUACUUGUCCUCAUCCUGUUGGUGUGGACCAGGAGUAGGACAUUUGUGAAGGAGGCCAGAAACUAAAGCUGCUGUAGGUGGGGGUUGAAAUGAUCAACAUAAUCGUUACAGGAGCUAUAGAAAAGUAAAGUAUCUGGAGGUGAAUAUAUGGAGAUUGGGAGCCACUGUAGGAACUGUGGGUCCUUUCCAAGCUACCUGUUCAAACCAAAUAAAGAAAAAAUCCCUAGGAGCCAGCCCCAGAAGUGUUUUGACUGCAGUUAACAAUUCCACAAAGGAACAGCCCCUCCCAAAGAGAAGAAUAUGCCAUGAGUGCGCCUUGUGCCCAUGCCUGGGGAGGGGCAGCUCUCCUGCCCGCAGGUGCCCAUGCCAGCAUCUCAUAGCAAAUCUGUCCCUUCCGGGGCAGCUCUCUGCCCGCUGUGUCUGUGCAAGCGUCCUUUACUGUUCUUUCUCCUUUUUAUAAUAAACCUGCCUUUUGAAUAAAACUAAACGUCUCUGCCUCGUGGGGAAAUUCACUGUGUGUCGCUGAAAGGGGAGCUCUGGUGUAACUUCUACCGGGAACCCAAGGGCCUCCCUCUCCGAACCCCACACCUCACAAACCCACAUCACUCUCACCCUUGACCACGGCCACCCUUUCCAAGCUCCGGUUCCACUGGUAGCUGCUGACCUGAGAAUG